CCGCCACCGGUCCUCCGAGUCACAAACACACCGACGGUUGGCAGCCUCGCGCCGAGGGCGGCAGCAAGAAACACCGUUAACGAGCGCCGAUUUUCUGACCGGUCUCAAAGGAAGUGUGUGAACACCAAAAUAGCACUCAACUCCCCUUGUGUGCUGGUUAACAUUUAAAAAAACAAUAUAUAUUUAUAUAUAUAUAUAUAUAUAUAUAUAUUUUUAAACCCACAUCCACCCUUUUCAGUUGAGUCGAACCCCCUACAUGCGAAGUGGAAGGAUGACGGAGGCGUGGCAGCAGCAGCAUGCGGUGGCUCCACCCUCGGUCGUGCACACGCUCCCCCAGGGCGCAGACUGCACGGUGUACGGCGUGGUCCUGCAGGUGGACGCCUCCCUGCAGCUGCCGCAGCACGGCCAGCAGCACGCCGUUCAAGCCCAGCAGCCCUCCCUGCAGGUAGGGGGCGAGAGAGGGCACAAGUGCGGAGCCUGCGGCCACGACAUAUCUCACCUGGCCAACCCCCACGAGCACCAGUGCAUGGUGAACCAGGACCGCUCCUUCCAGUGCACCCAGUGCAUGAAGAUCUUCAGCCAGGCGACGGACCUGCUGGAGCACCAGUGCGUGCAGGUGGAGCAGAAGCCGUUCGUGUGCGGCGUGUGCAAGAUGGGCUUCUCCCUGCUCACCUCGCUGGCGCAGCACCACAACUCGCACGGCAACGGCAACAACCCCAUGAAGUGCUCCAUCUGCGAGAAGACGUACCGGCCCGGCUCCGGGAACGUCACGCCCACCUCGUCGGCCGCCAACCCCCAGCAGCCGUCCACCGGCGAGACGUCCGGCGGCGACGCGGCCACCGGCGCCUCGUCCCCGCCCUCGUUCGAGGCCGCCUCGCCCGACCGGCCGUACAAGUGCUCCGUGUGCCACAAGUCCUUCCGCCACCUGUCCGAGCUCACCCGGCACGAGCGCGUGCACACGGGCGAGAAGCCCUACAAAUGCGACACUUGCGACAAGAGCUUCAGCCAGUCCUCGCACCUGGCGCACCACCAGCGCACGCACAGCUCGGAGCGGCCGUACAAGUGCGCCGUGUGCGAGAAGAGCUUCAAGCACCGCUCGCACCUGGUCCGCCACAUGUACGCGCACUCGGGCGAGCACCUCUUCAAGUGCAACCUGUGCGAGAUGCACUUCAAGGAGUCGUCGGAGCUCCUGCACCACCAGUGCCAGCCGGAGGGCGACCGGCCGUUCCGCUGCGGCUCCUGCGGCAAGAGCUUCAAGCGGCCGUCCGACCUGCGGCAGCACGAGCGCACGCACUCGGAGGAGCGGCCGUUCCAGUGCAACGAGUGCCAGAUGAGCUUCAAGCAGCAGUACGCGCUGGUGCGCCACCGCCGCACGCACAAGAACCCCGCCGACCGGCCCUUCAAGUGCAACCUCUGCGACAAGGGCUUCCUGCAGCCGUCCCACCUGCUCUACCACCAGCAGGUGCACGGCAUGGAGAGCCUGUUCAAGUGCGCCUCCUGCCAGAAGUCCUUCAGCCAGUCGGGCGAGCUGCUGCGGCACAAGUGCGGCGGCGAGGCGGAGAAGCCGUACAAGUGCGACGUGUGCGGCAAGGGCUACAAGAAGAACUCCACGCUGCAGCGCCACCAGAACUCUCACUGCACGGAGAAGCCGCUCAAGUGCUCGCUGUGCGACAAGCGCUUCGCCUCGUCCUCGGAGUUCGUGCAGCACCGCUGCGACCCGACGCGCGAGAAGCCGCUCAAGUGCCCCGACUGCGAGAAGCGCUUCCGCUACUCGUCGGAGCUGCAGCGGCACCGCCGCGUGCACACCGGCGAGAAGCCCUUCAAGUGCGCCAGCUGCGACAAGAGCUUCAAGCAGCGCGAGCACCUGGCCAAGCACCAGAGCGUGCACUCGCGCGAGACGCAGUUCAAGUGCGUGUGGUGCGGCGAGCGCUUCGCGGACCUGGCGGCGCUGCAGGAGCACACGGUGCAGCACACCGCCGAGGGCGAGAGCUUCGCCGAGGCGCAGUGCGUCCCGUGAGCCCCCCCCCCCCCCCGGCGUGUCGUUUAGAACACGCCCCCGUUCGCAAUGUUUUAAUGUUGUUUUGUUUUUUGUAUCGAGACUGAAUUCAUAUCCUCGUCCUUUUUUCUUUCUUUUUUUCUUCCGUUGAGUAAAUGGCCCCGAGGCGCGUCGGAACACGUGGAUAAAAAAAUAAACUUGAACAGGAUGGAAGAAGAAGAGGAAGAAGAGAAAACAUGGAGCGAGAUCACCCGGGACCCGCCUCCUGCGUGUGGUCGUCUGUUGAGGAGCUGUUGGAUCUGUUGAAAGCUGGAGGGAAAUGUGUGUGUGUGUGUGUGCGUUUGCGUGUGUGUGUGUGUACAUGUGUGUGUGCACGUGUUUGCGUGCGUGUGUGUGUGUACGUGUGUGCAUGUGUGUGUGCACGUGUUUGCGUGCGUGUGUGUGUGUACGUGUGCAUGUGUGUGUGCACGUGUUUGCGUGCGUGUGUGUGUGUACGUGUGUGCAUGUGUGUUUGCGUGUGUGUGUGUGUGUGUACGUGUGUGCAUGUGUGUUGGCGUGUGUGUACGUGCGUGCGUGUGUGUGUGUGUGUGCGCGUUUGCGUGCGUGUGUGUGUGCGUGCGUGUGUGUGUGCUCACGUGUUCGCUCCUCUGAAAUCCAUGUGCCUUUUUUCUUUGUUUUUUUUAACCGAUCACUCUGUGUCAUCGUGUGUGUGCGCUCGUGUCUCUGUUCACGAUCGCGUCCAGUGUAGCUAGCCACGCCCCCUCCCCUGGCCACGCCCCCUCCCGUACGCAGCGGUCUCUUUUCACACGCUGGACCUUUAGGUAGGCGCCAUCUGUUUUGUGCAUGAAUAUUUAUCACACUUUAAUAUCACUGUUGUAUUAUAGGUUUUGGUUUAUUUAGGAGAAGAAGAAAAAAACGUCGUAAGAAGGAGAAGAAGAAGUGGAUUAGUGAACAUCGUGUCCUGAGACGUCCGUGUCGUUGCAUCUUUGUAUUAAAAACUAAACGGCGUCUCGGAGCUACGCGAGCGCGUCACACACACACACACACACACACACACACCUGACGUGUGCAAUAGAACGUGCACAAUGUUGAUAUUUAUGACUACUGAUUCAUGGUCUACUCUUGUUAUAUUAUAGAUUGUGUGUAUAUGCUCAUGUAAACAUUGACAAACUGUAUAGUGCUUAUGUUACCUGCUUUUUGUAUUCACUUAUGAAUGAUAAGUACUUUUUAGUUUCCAGUACCGGAUGGAUCCUCAGACGGUUUGACCCCCGACGACCUUCAACUAGCCACGUUACCCACCGUGCGAUAUAUAGAUCUAACAAGACUUAUAUAUUCGUUUUGUGUUAUGUUUAUUUUUUACAUUUUUUUUUUAAAGAAUUGGCCAGAUUAAUCCGAGUAGCCUCAGCAGUGGUCGGUUCAUGUUGUGUCGGGUGUAAAGUAUGAAACGUGUGUACUUUUUAGUUUACCGUGUGGAUUUCCAUAUUCACAAUAUUUGCAGUAUAUUUUAAAAAGUUUUUUUUUUCUUUACCGGAGGUUAGAAUGUGGGGCGAGGGGAUGAGGGAGGGGGGGGGGGGCUGAGUGGUUGUGCCACGGCAGAAGUUCUGAUGCUUCAUCAAACCCAGAGACUGUACACCGAUUCAAUAAAGCUCCCUUAUGGACUCACGGGGCUCGUUGCUUCAUCACAGCCGAGGCUCACGCCACCAUUAAACUGCAUUUUAAAGGAUUCUUCCAGAUUAUUCUGUAAAUUGAUCCGUUUGAGAGAGAAAAGUUCAACGUUAUCUUUAUUUCUGUCAAUUUUCCAAUGUUGAACAUACAGAAAAUAUAAAACG